CGUAUUACGAAGGCAGGAUGUGCAAGUCAGUUAAACACAAAAACAAAAAAAAUAAUUGAAACUGUUCCACGGCAGAAUCAGCAAUUGUUUACGCGAAACACUGAAUUGCCAAGGCUGCAAAAAUUAACACCUCAACAGCCGAGAGCACUGUGGAAGCUGAGGUUGUGGGAAUUUGAAGGGUCAGUUGAUUCAGUUGUUCGUGAUGCUGUCGGUGAUGUUGCUGGUGAUGCUGUUGGUGUUGUUGGUGAUGCUGUCUGUGAUGUUGCUGGUGAUGCUGUUGGUGUUGUUGGUGAUGCUGACUGUGAUGUUACUGGUGAUGCUGUAGGUGUUGUUGGUGAUGCUGUCUGUGAUGUUGCUGGUGAUGCUGUUGGUGCUGUUGGUGAUGCUGUCUGUGAUGUUGCUGGUGAUGCUGUUGGUGUUGUUGGUGAUGCUGUCUGUGAUGUUGCUGGUGAUGCUGUUGGUGUUGUUGGUGAUGCUGACUGUGAUGUUGCUGGUGAUGCUGUCUGUGAUGUUGCUGGUGGUGCACCGCUUUCUGGUGAUUUAGAUUGUGACGGUGAUUUGUUUGAUGAUGAUUCGGAUAGAGUUGCUGCUAUGCACCAUGUCAGAGCAAGAAGAAAAAUGAGUUUCUUCAUCAUUUCUGCAACGCAUAAAGAAAAACCUUUUCCACUGAAUUGA